AUGAUCGAAGCAAUGACUGACGCGCGCGCGCCUCGCAAGAGAGGCCGGCCACGAGCUGUGGCGGACGAUCAGCAAGUUCCCGAGAGACGUCGAAAGCAGCUUCGCGUCGCGCAGCAAGUAUAUCGCAAGAGAAAAGAGACCACGAUCGUCAAUCUGCAAUCUCGCGUACAGGAACUCGAGUCGGGCAUCGAAGAGCUCAGCAAGUCGUUCCUUUCCUUCAGUAGUCUUCUGUUCGAGGCUGGGAUUCUUCAAAAUCAGCCUCGUGUCACAGCUGCUCUGCAAAAAGUUACACAGCAAUGCGUGUCGCUUGCCAAAAGUGGCUGCGAAGAGGCCGAACAAGCACCUGCAGCCCCGGCGGACGUAUUGCGAUCGACGUCUCCCACGCUCAGCGAUACACAAGAUAUAAUCUCAACUUACAAUCCGCCCAUAACGCAACUUGAUUCAUUCAAGUUGCCAAUUAUCGGUGACGCUUUCCAGUCCUCGUCGGACCUCGCGGCUCAAGGGGCUGAACUGUCACAACUCCCCCCCCACGCCACCCUUCCAAGAACAAGCAAUUCUACCGUUCGGAAUAGUCUCGUCGUCUCCGAAUAUCCCCUUCUCAUCCAUCCCUUAUCCCGCCUUGAAUUUCUCGACCAUAGCAUCGCCCGACAACUUCCUCUUAAAGCAAGGCUGCUGGUCGCUCUCACACCGUCUGACGAUCCAAGGGUCAAAGCAAUCUUCGGCAAACGAUUGACCAUCGACGAGCGCAACCGCUUCAUCUUCGGAUUCUUCGCCACCAUGCACGACGACAUGGGAGACACGGUCGAAUUGUGUACAAACGUUCUCAAUUCAAGGAGGAACAGCUACUCGCCUGAACAACUCACCGUAUCCUCUCGAGCGUGGCAAAUUGUCAAUGAAUCGGGUGCUGAUGAGUGGAUGGAUGCGAGUGGUGUGCAAAGGCUGCUACAGCAGCGGGGGAUUCGUAUUCAGGACCCGAGCUCGCCCCCCUCCAGUCCCCGGUUUAAUUCGUCCCCGCAGCUCAACGCAGCGAGUUUCACUCAAUAUCUUUCCCUCGGCCCUAUCUGUCUCGGUCGCGGACCAGCGUUCCGAAAGCGCGAUGUUGAGAAAGCCAUUCGCCUUGCAACUCUUGAUGGAUGA